AUGCCGCCAGACUCGGCGGCCACCGUGCAAGUCUGGGUGGGUGGCCAGCUCUUCCAGGCCGACCGAGCUCUGCUGGUGGAGCAUUGCGGGUUCUUCCGCGGACUAUUUCGCUCGGGCAUGCGGGAGGCGCGGGCGGCCGAGGUGUGCUUAAGCGCGCUGAGCCCAGGCGGAUUCCGCACCAUGCUGCAGGUGCUGCGCGGCGAGCGGCCGACGCUUGCGGAGGCAGAAGAGUUGCUGCAGGCCGUGGAGUGCGCCGCCUUCCUGCAGGCGCCGGCCCUAGCGCGCUUUCUGGAGCAUAACCUCACGUCGGACAACUGUGCGUUGCUGUGCGAUGCGGCCUCGGUCUUCGGCCUGCACGACGUGUUCCACAGCGCCGCGCUCUUUAUCCGUGACGGCACUCGUGAGCUGGCGGCUGAAUUGGUGCUGCCUGAGGCCCGCGCCUACGUGGCAGCGGUGCGGCCCAGCAGCUACGUGGCCCUGAGCACCCACACGCCCGCGCCCGGCUUCCUGGAGGACGCAUCGCGCACGAUAUGCUAUCUGGACGAGGAGGAAGACGCGUGGCGCACACUGGCCGCGCUGCCGCUAGAGGCGAGCACGCUGCUGGCUGGUGUGGCCACUCUGGGCAACAAGCUCUACAUUGUAGGGGGUGUGCGUGGCGCCAACAAGGAGGUGGUAGAACUGGGCUUCUGCUAUGACCCAGACAGCGGUACAUGGAGCGAAUUCCCCAGCCCGCACCAGCCGCGCUACGAUGUGGCACUUGUGGGCUACGACGGCUGCCUCUAUGCUGUUGGUGGCGAGUUCCAGAGGACACCCAUGAGCUCCGUGGAGCGCUACGACCCGGUCGCAGACUGCUGGACCUUCGUGGCCCACCUGCCGCAGCCUGCCGCCGGCGUGCCUUGCGCCCAGGCAUGCGGCCGCCUUUUCGUAUGCCUGUGGCGACCUGCUGACACCACGGCUGUGGUGGAGUACGUGGUUCGGGCCAAUGCCUGGCUGCCAGUGGCCGAACUGAGGCGCCCGCAGAGCUAUGGCCACUGCAUGGUGGCCCACCGUGACAGUCUCUACGUGGUGCGCAAUGGACCUUCUGACGACUUCCUGCACUGCGCCAUCGACUCCUUUAACUUAGUCACGGGCCAGUGGACGGCGCUACCCGGCCAGUUCGUUAACAGCAAGGGGGCACUCUUCACGGCCGUGGUGCGUGGCGACAUCGUCUAUACAGUCAACCGCGUGUUUACGCUGCUCUAUGCCAUCGAGGGCGGCACCUGGCGGCUCCUCAGGGAGAAGGCCGGCUUUCCCCGGCCCGGCUCCUUGCAGACCUUUCUCCUGAGGCUACCUCCUGGUCCGUUGGGGCCUGUGGCCUUGACAACAUCAGAACUGUGA